GAGUAUGAAAAGCUUUCCACCUUCUCCCAAUUUUGUAUAUGGAGAGAGACAUACACGCGUUCCUCCAGCGUGUUUCUUUAUUCAACCUCCGUCCUAACCCGUCCUCUUUUCUCCUUUCCUAAUUCAACGCCUAACACGCUGUCCCCGCCAAUGAAGAAAGGGGAAGAAGAGCCUCUCCUUUCCCACUCCUUAUUCUCUCCUUCCCCAUGACAAUACCCUUCUCCGUUAUCCUCUCCAUCACCGUUAUCUUCCUCUUCUCAUCAUCCAUUACAGAUGGUCUCGGUUCUUCAACUUCUUAUGCCGUCUGCUAUGACGGUAACUCCAGCUCCGUCUGCGGAAUCGUCGCUGGAAAAUCCAGACAGAGCAUCCAAUGCUUCCGCAGCUGGGAUGAACAGACGCUACCCAUCUUAUCCACCUUAUCUUUCGAUGCUGUAUCUGGAGGUAGGGAUUUCUUCUGCGGUCUACGUUCUGGAGGGCUCCAAUUGAUCUGCUGGGAUUCUUUUUCUUCCUCCAACUCCAAUUCUAGUUUCCAACCAAAACGGAUCUACAAUGGACCCAUAAGCCUGAGGGAUCUCAGUGUCGGUGAUGACCAUGUCUGUGCUGUCGAUAAUGCUACGGGCAACGUUAUGUGUUGGCGUGGAGGUUUCCCUCCCAGGUUGCCUGGCGACUUCCAUUCCAUCACCUCUGGGCAAGGGUUUUCUUGCGGGAUCCACGGAAAUGAAAGCACCGUUCGAUGCUGGGGCGAUAUCAACAUCAGCAAUCGUAUACAAACCGAAUUUGGGAAUACUUCUAUGGUAAGCUUGGUUGCCGGUGAUUCCCACGUCUGUGGCAUCGAUUUCAAUGGGCUUGUAAUUUGUAAAGGCAGGAAUGAAUCCGGACAGCUGAAUGUUCCUUCUGGUAGUCUGCCUUUUGAAUUCUCUGGUCUAGCUUUGGAGGCUAACCGAAGCUGUGCAAUUAGACAGCCAAACGGGACGGUGAUCUGCUGGGGAGGUGGGAUCUCAACUGGUCCUCCAAAUGACACCUCAUUCGUAUCUAUAGUUUCUGGAUCAGAUUUCACAUGUGGAUUGUUAGUGACGAAUCUGUCUAUGAUGUGCUGGGGAUCUGAUCGGUUCAAUCCUCCUUUGGUCCUUCCGUUGCCAAAGAUUGUGCCAGGGCAAUGCACUGAAGCUCCCUGCAGCUGUGGUGUAUUUCCUGACUCUGGGAAUCUCUGUUCCGGUUCUGGUCAUGUCUGCCAACAGUGCAUAAAUAGAAACAGUCAACAAUCCCCUCCACCGCUUCAACCGACCCCAACACCUCUGCCAUCAACUCGACACCGGCGAACCAACAAGGGUUUGUUGGCUUUCGCUAUCGUUGGAGCGGUGGGUACUUUUUUUGGCAUUUGUACUAUCAUCUACUGCUUAUGGACUGGAAUUUGCUGCUGCAGACAAAAGAAAAUCCAUAAUUCUGUUCAACCCACCAUCGCAGCUGCUAACACUGCUAAUUGUUCUAUGGGGGCUAUACCACCUCUUUAUGGCCCUGGAUCAAGAUCGUCUACAUUUAGGCGGCAGAGUUCCCGAGCAAUGAGGCGGCAGAGGAGUGGGACUUCAUCAAUGCAUGCAGACAGGGCUGAGGAGUUCACCCUGUCAGAGCUGGCUGCUGCCACCGAUGACUUUUCUCCACAGAACAAGAUCGGCGCUGGAAGCUUUGGAACGGUGUAUAGAGGAAAGCUUGCAGAUGGGCGUGAGGUUGCCAUCAAGAGGGGAGAGACGGGGCCUAGGACAAAGAAAUUCCAAGAGAAGGAGAAUGCAUUCCAGUCAGAGCUGGCAUUCCUUUCUCGGCUCCACCACAAACACCUGGUGGGACUGGUGGGCUUCUGCGAAGAAUAUGAGGAGAGACUCCUGGUUUAUGACUACAUGAAGAAUGGAGCGCUCUAUGACCAUCUACACACCAGUAAGAACAAUGAAGACAGCAGUGACAUUUUAAAUUCGUGGAAGAUGAGGAUCAAGAUAUCACUGGAUGCUUCAAGGGGGAUUGAGUACCUCCACACUUAUGCAGUGCCGCCUAUAAUUCACAGAGAUAUCAAGUCGUCAAACAUUCUUAUUGAUGCUAACUGGAUUGCCAGAGUUUCGGAUUUUGGGUUGUCAUUGAAGGGCCCUGAAUCAGAUGAGGAGCACCUGUCAAUGAGGGCGGCCGGGACGGUUGGUUACAUGGAUCCCGAGUACUAUGGCCUGCAGCAGCUGACUGCAAAGAGUGAUGUUUAUGGUUUUGGGGUGGUGCUGCUGGAGCUGCUCACGGGGAAGCGGGCCAUCUUCAAGGAUGAAGAGGGGGAAGCAGGGCCCACAAGUGUAGUAGACUAUGCAGUGCCGAGAAUAUUGGCGGGGGAGCUAGCUGGGGUGCUGGACCGUAGGGUGGGAAUGCCAGAGUUGAAUGAAGCAGAGGCAGUGGAGCUGGUGGCAUACACAGCAGUGCAUUGCGUCAACCUUGAGGGGAAGGAACGGCCCACAAUGGCAGACAUUGUUGCAAAUCUUGAAAGGGCGCUCGCCCUCUGCCAGGAUAGCCACGGACCCACAUUGGACGCACUAGUAACAUUUUUUCAUUGGGCCAUGUCGGAGGUGACAAGCAAUGUAUUCUAUAAUGGUGGCUGAAACAGCUACCACUGUUACUGUUACAAUAGUGACCAUAAUGCAGUUAUAGUCUCUC